UGAGAGUUUGAAAUCACUAGUGGGCGAUUGUGAACAAGAUAAAGACAUGCGGGCCAUGGCAUACAAAGAACUGGAGCAGGCGUUGAAAGAAGAAGGAUAUGUGCAUAAUCUGCUGCUCAAGGCUUUACUGCCUAAGGAUGAUGCAGAUGAAAGGGACUGCAUUUUGGAAGUCAGAGCAGGAACUGGAGGGGAAGAGCCUUCUUUGUUUGCUAUGGACAUGUUCAAAAUGUUAUUUAUAGAUUAUUCAUCAGAUAUCAAAAUGUUUGCUUAAACUAAAAAGUAC